GACGUGUUAUUGUGCGCAACAUGGACGCGCGUGUGGUGCCCAGCGACCUGUACCCGCAGAUUUACGGUUUCCUGCUGCAGAAUAAGUUCGACAAGGCUGCCAAGCAGUUCCUGAAGCAGUCAAACGUGAAAGUUCCAGAUGUAAAGUCACCAUCUCUUGUGGAGAUCUAUGACUUCUGGGUGAAGUCAUCUGAUGUAGCAAAGAAAAGAAAGCCUGUACUCAAUGGGCCGCCUGCAAAAAAGGCAAAGAAAGAGGAAAGCUCCAGUAGCUCUGAGAGCUCAGACAGUUCCGAUGAUGAUGAAGCUGCUAAGAAACCAGCGAGCAAGCCACCAGUACCAGCUGUAACCAAACCCGUAGUUAAAAAGGCUGUUUCAAAGAAGGAAAGUAGCAGCAGUGAAGAUUCAAGUUCUUCAGAUUCUGAAGAAGAAAAAAAACCCCCACAGAAGGCUGUUUCUGUUCGAGCUGCAGCUCCUGUGACUAAAACACCUGCUGCCACCAAGCCAGCUGCCAGAAAGAAAGAUGAAAGUUCCAGCAGUGAAGAAUCAGACAGCUCAGAGGAUGAGAAACCUGCUGCAAAAGCACCAGUGAAACCAGUCUUAAAACCCAGCAAUCAGGCCGCUGAGGAAAGCAGUGAGGAGGAUUCCAGUGACGAUUCUAGUGACUCUGACUCUGCGGAGAAACCACCUGCGCAAAAAGUAAUGCCCAAGAUGCCUUUGCCUGCUAAGCCAGUGUCAGCUCCAGGAAAAGCCAAGAAUCCGAAAGCUACAACCCCUGCUAAAGCAGUAGCGACCUCUAAAAUGGAGAGCUCAAGCAGUGAGGAGGAGUCUGACAGCUCUGAUGACGAGGCAUUGGCUGUAAAACCAAACGCAAAGCCAGGUGCUUACAAUGCAGUGCCACCACCUAUACAACAGAAUAAGAAGGCAGCUCCAGGCAAGAAGACACCUACACCAAGUGCUGUAAAAAAAGCUCCAGUGUCAAGUGCUGUAAAAAAGGCUCCAGCAUCGAGUACAAGCAAGAAAGCAACAGCAGCCCCUACUAAAAAGGAGAGCAGUGACUCUUCAGAGGAUAGUUCUGACAGCAGUACUGAUGAGGAACCCAUGAAACCUGCUACGAAAAUUGCACCAUCAAAGUCUGCUCCAAAGCCAGUGAUGAAAUCAGCUGCUGCUCAGAAAACUGCAGCCAAGGCAGAUUCCAGUUCUGACAGUGAGUCCGAUUCUGAAAGUUCUGAAGAUGAGCCCAAAACGAAGAUUAUGGCAAAACCCACAUCAAAACUAGCUACAAACCCCACUCCCAAGCUGAUUUUGAAAACUGCACCAAAACCAGGAGUGAAGCGUCCGGCCCAAACGAAGGAAGCAGAGGGCAGUUCGGAAACUGACAGCUCGAGUGAUUCUGAUGAUGAGAGCACGCCGGCUACUGCUCCCGUCAAACCAACUGCUAAAGCAGCUGCUGCGUCUGUAAAACCAGGAAAGCAAAAUAUGCCAGCAGCCAAGGCGGCGGCUGCUGCUGAUGAUAGCAGCUCAGAUUCUGACGAUUCCAGCAGUGAUGAGGACGAGGCAAAACCUGCAGCAAAGGUCCCGAUUCCCACCAAAGGAAAAUCAUCAUUGGCUGCAAAAGCAACGUCCCCAGCUGUGACUGCCAAAGCAAAAUUGCCAGCAGUGACUGCAAAAGCAAAAGGCCCGGCUGUGACUACGAAAGCAGCAUCGCCAGCGGUUGCUACAAAAUCAAAAGCGGCAGCUGUGACGAGUAAAAAUGAAUCCAGCAGUUCAGAAGAAACUUCGAGCGAUGAUGACCCUCAGGUGAAAACUCCGGUUAGCCAAGUCAAAAAAGCAGUCGCUCCUCCCUCUGGAAAGUCUGCAGCCAAGAAAGCAGAAAGCAGCAGCAGCAGCAGCAGCUCAGAAAGUUCAGAGUCAGAGGAAGACAGUGCUAAACGAAAACCGAAUGAUGUUCAAACACCAACGUUAAUGCCUGCAAAGAAAGCAGAGAGUAGCUCUGAAGAUAGUUCCUCUGAUGAAGAUGAGAAAAAGAAUACCCAGUCUGUAAACGGUACAGUAAACACCAAGAGGAAAAGGGAAAGCUCUUCCUCAUCCUCGUCUGAAGCAGAGGGCAGAAAAGAUGAAUCAACUCCCACAAACCAGAAACUGCGAGUGAAAACUCCAAACACGUUUCCAAAAACUAAAAAGAAAACGGCACAGUCCAAGUUCACACCUGGAAUUAAGAGCCCUCAACCUAAUACUCCUUUCCGUAGAGUAAGAGAAGAAGAAGUUGAAAUUGAUCCACGUCUUGCAAACAAUUCGUUUGCUGCAAAGAAAGGAGCGUCAGGAGACUGGGGUGAAAAAGCAAAUCAUGAUCUAAAAUGCACGAAAGGAAAAUCCUUCAGACAUGAAAAGAUGAAGAAAAAGCGUGGGAGCUACCGGGGCGGGGCCAUUGACAUGUCUGUGAAUUCCAUCAAAUUUGAUAGUGAAUGAGUGUAAACUGUGAAAUGCUCUAUGUUGUAAAAUUAUAGAAUUCAGAUCUUUAUAUAUGGUUAAAAUUUGGAGUGUAUAGUUCCAGUAUCUUUUUAAAUCCUUCAUUCAUGUGUCUGACCAUUCUUUCCAAGGGCGGUUGUUUGUAUUUAAAUUACAUUUUUUUUGACGAAAAUGUUUGUCUCUUAAGAUGUUAACUUCAUUUAACAGUAAAAUACCAAAAAUGUAGUUCAUUUUUUUAAAAGGAAAAGGGGAACUGGCACAUGGUUCUAUUUGAGUGUCAGCACUGUAAUGUUUGUUCUUUUAAAUUUGAGGAGCAAAAAUUAUGAUUUCAUGUGCAGAAAAGACAGCUAGCACAUUCAAUAAACCAUGUCACAGAAGUUUUUUCUAAAAAAAAUCUUCGCCUUUCAUUAAUUUGAUAGCUGAUGUAUUGUGCAGCCACACACUGUAGAAUUAAGUGUGUAAUAACAGUGAAGGUUUUGAAAGUGGGGUUUGCGCAAUUAGCAUGACAGUGAAGAUACAGAUUUUCAUGGCCAUUUACAGUACUUUUAAAUUGUGCAGGACCUACUCAUCUUAAUUUUUUAUUUGGUUUUGCAAAGUGCCAGACAAGUUUCAGUCCAUUAUAAUUCAUUCCGAAAUGCCUUUGGCCUGGAGAAUUUCCAAAACCAGCAGAUUAUCCAAGUGAUGAUGGCUGGUUAGCCUGUUUAGAGAAUCAUUACAUAGUUGGAUCUCGGAAACCUGCAGAAAUAAUCUGCUCCAAGUUCCAUCUGAUGUCUGCCCUUAGGAUUGCUGCGAAAUGGUUCUGAAAAAUGUCCCACUUCAAUGGGUAUCAAUAAGAGUCUCCAGUCAGCAUUUCAGAAGGUGCUCAACCUCCUUGUUUUCUUAGGCUUCCUUCAUGUUGUGCAGAAACUUAACCUGUUCUUCAGUCUUGGGCUCUUCCUAGUACAAUUAGGACAGCAUUGUUCAGUGCUCACCAGACUUGUGGAGAGUGGGUUGCCAUAUGCACCACAAAUUUUAAAAUGUGUGUAAUGUUAAACAAAUACACAAACUCUUGAAAAUGGACUUGUGGCUUCCAACUGUCAGCUCUCAUUGCAGAGCCAAGAGAACAGCUUGAGCAUUUUGUAACUCAUUUUUGAAAGGAAGAUGACAGUUAACUGAGUUUAUUUUUGACAGCUUUAUUUCAAAUAAGUUUCUUCAAAGGUAAACUUUCAGUAUUGCAUUGGAAAGCAAUAAGAAUAGACUAAUCUCUGCAUUUGGCUUCUACAAUUUAACUUAUUCCUAACUUGAUGACAAUUUCUGGGCACAUGAUCCACAUUUAAUAGACCUUUAACUCAUGCCUAACCUCCUGUAACCUUCCCGUUUACAUCAGUGGUGACCCAUUCUUUCCAAAAUAUCUCAACAGCUUGGUUAAGGUGAAAGCUGGACUCAUCUGGAUGUUGCACUGUAUUGCACUAGUUUACCAGAGCUGGCUACGGUGGGGGAGGUUUGCAAACAUUUUGAAAGCAUCUGGGUCCAGGUUUUCGGGAUGUGUAGAUCUUUAUGAAUCCUGGGAGUGUUUUGAUUUUGUGGGUUUGUAUGUUAGUAAAUGUUCAUUUACACAAGUUUGUUACAUGUAGCAUGGUUGAGUAAUGUGUCUAAUUAGCAUAAUUUUGACCAGGAUGGUGUUAUAAUUUGGGUCUAGUUCCCAAGUUUACCCCAAAGACUGGUCGUUACCUUUAUAAUGCAAGUUUCAUGCUAACAUGUCUAAUUAAGUCUGUAUCUAGCAUAGUGUGCAUGCUAUAUACCUCUGAUCUCUGAUAUACAAAAAAGAACACAUGCUUCAGAGCUGUUCUUUUUAAACAGAAAAUAUCAUGCAGAACCAAUUUUUGAGAGGUCUAAAUUAAGCAAAACCCUUCAGAAAAAGCAAUGGUGACAGAUUUCACAAUCUCUGAAACUUUGUCAUUAUCACUGUAGUUAAAUAUUUCAAACAGUCAAACAUCCCUACACCUCAUUUGAAAUAGGGUGACUUGGAGAGGUCUUUGACUCUAUAAUAUUUAGUUACACACAAUGCCACAGACUGCAGCGAUCAGAUGUGAAAGUUGUGGAAAAAAACAAGGUUUUGACAGUUUCUGACCUGAAAACAAGCACAAAUGGUCACAUGUCUAGCGAAAAAUCAGAUUGAAUGGCAUAUUUCCAUUGGUGGAAUGGGGAUGAGUGCUGCAGCUAUCAAACAGUGAUAGGAUGACUGCUUUGUCGAGUGAGCAGGGACAUUAUGCUGAACUUCUGCUCGCCUGCCAUUUUAAUUUGCCAGGUCACCUCCACCCUGUCUGCAAUCUUCCACAUAGUUUGAAUGAAGCUCCAAGUUUGAAGAGCAGUACCCGAUCUUUUGGGUAUUUUUGGAAUAUUGCAUGCAAGUUGCACAAUGCUUCCACUUUUAUGGGCAGCAGAAGUCAGAUAUGAUACUUGUUUCUUUUUCCACUUCUAAACUCAUUGUUUGCUUAUCCCAUUUCUUUCUCCUUGUGCAGUCGUCUCUCUUGUCAUUUAAUCUAUCCUUCAAACCUUUCCUAUUCUCACUCUUCAUGCCCUUGUCCAACCACUGAGCUUGCUUACCUGUUAAAUAUCUUAACAUUUUUGACAAUAGGUCAUUGAACUGAAACAGUAACUCUUGUUUCUAUCUCCAUAGAUGCUAUCUCACCUGAGUAUUUCGAGCAUUUUUGCUUUGUUCUUUCCUCUUCCACAUCUCAUGAGGUAUGAGGUAAAGUGUGUCUUUUGUGUUUAUUUCCAGUGCUAGUUUUUUUUGUGGAACCCCAGAGGGUGACUGGUGCCACUGCAAAUAUCAAGCAUGGCUGACCAGAAGAUUUCCAUUCUUGCUGGCUGUUGUAGAUACAUUGGAAAAAUUUAUGAAUGGGUAAUUAUCCUGUUUGACCAUGUUAUAAAUUAACCUCCUUUGGUCACAAAGUUCUGAAGUAGGAUUUGGACCAGAGCUUGCCAGCUUAGGUAGGGAUGCUGCUUACAGUGCCAGGAGAUACUGCUGGCUUUGUAUUUUAUACAAAUGCAUGUUGUUUAUAAUAACUUCCUGGCUUUGUACCUUCAGUAAUUUUCCAUUCCUGAUUGCAGCUGAAGAGGUUAAUGCUUGGAUAUAGACAAAUCUGCCACACCCUGUGAAUCAGCUUUGUAUCAAUUGUACGGAAAAGUAUGGUGUUGCUUGAUUCUGUUACCAGCUCUUAAUAUUUGGCAGUAUCUGUUCAACUGGUUACAGCAUUUGAUCAAGGAAGAGGCGGCUUGCUGUUAUUGACGUAGAUUGCAGCCAAUGAAGAACCGAUAUUAUUGGAAUGGAAUAAAUGGCAAAUCUUUCAGUGAUACUUAAACAGCGUAAUGAAAAUUUAGCCUUUGGUUUCUCAUCUAAGAUGUCUUUGGCACCAAGCUUUAAUUGGCUAUAUUGAACAUUUUUUUGGCAAAAUGUUUUACUUGAAACAAAGAAACUGUCUUGAUGUAAAGAUGUCAGUGCUAAUUAUGUCAUUGCCAGGCACUGCAACAUCCUUCUGGGCAAAGGAAUACAGGCGAUGGUAAAACUAUCCGUGUUGCUGUUUAGAGUAUACAGUCAAAUCUGAACCACUGGCAGUUCAAGAGUUAAGUAUCAAGAUUCAUUAGGGAUGAUUAAAAAAGGAACCAUCUUGAUGGCAUGCUGAGUGCCUGAUGCCUGGGGACAAACAGCUGCCACUGUUGAGCCUUGUUCUUGACCUUCCAAAACCUUUGAGCCUUGUUUUCUGACAAAAAAAAACAAGCCAGAAGUAAAUCUUCAAAGUGAGACCUUUUAAAACCCAAGUUACGUAUAAUACCACUCUCUCUAGAGGAACAUCCAAAUUAACUGGCCACAAUUCACAUUAAAAUAUCAAAGAAGCAUCUGACCAGCCAGAGGCACUGAGCCACUGACCGUCUAAGCUUAUUACUUACGGACUUCUAUCGUGUAAUUGUUAUUUUUGCAUAUGUAGUUUGAAUUACGAUUGUGCAUGAAUUUUCUGGAAGUCAGGAUGUGUUUUUAUAUUUUUGGCUUUACCUUGGUGGGUUUUAUUUAAUAAAAUAAUAAACCCAAACCCUUGUGUUUAACCCAGGAAA